CAUAUUUUUACUCCUACUUCCUUUGUAAUAUAAUAAGGAAGUCAUUUGUAAGACCAGUAGUUUGCCAACACAACUUCGUUCUAUGAGACAGCUACUUAAAACCAUGUAAGUAUCAUUACAGCAUCUCAGUAGCUUCUACAUUCAAUACUUCUGUAGCUUAAUGAACAUUUUAAACAGUAUGUACAAUGUUCUGUCUACCAGUUCAUAUCUUUAGCUGCUUUUCUGUUUUCCUGUCUCUGUCAGUCUCUCUGCCUAUCUGUCUGACUACAAAUCUGCCUGUAUAUCUAUCUAUGAAUAUAUAGUGAAUUGAUACAUGUGUGAUCAUUUGAAGAAUAUCUCUACCUGCCUGUCUGUAUUUCUGUCUGUAUCAACCUGGCUGCCUACAAGUCUGUCUAUCUAUCUAUCUAUCUAUCUGUCUAUCUAUCUAUCUAUGUAUAUGUCUGUCUAUCUAUCCACAAAACUAUAGCAAAUUAAUACGUGUGAUCAUUUGAAGAAUAUCUCUACCUGCCUGUCUGUAUUUCUGUCUGUGUCAGCCUGAUUGCCUACAUGUCUGUCUGUCUAUAUAUCCACAAAACUAUAAUGAAUUAAUAAGUGUGAUCAUUUAAAGUCUAACUCUAUUUACAUAGUAAUUAAUGUCGAUCCAGCAGCCUUGUUUUUGUGGCUUAAUUCUAAGCACACUUUGAUACUCUGUUUAAUAGUUGUAGACUUUCAACAGGUAAAUGGCUGUCAUAAAGUUGCUUGAUCUAGCUUAAUAUUUGCUUUACACCUUUAAACAAAGUGAUCAUAAAAAACAAUCUAUUGAAUUCAGGUAUAUAGCUUCCAACUCCCCUGUGAAUUUUACUGUUAUAGGUUUUCUCCCGAGUAUUUGAUUGUAACAUUCCAAUUAUUUUGUAUAUGUGUGGUUCAGAAAUGCUUGGCAGUAGUUUUGUAUUAUAGAUUAUAUGGAAGGCUUUUUUUUUGCCCAGUAUGUAAUUUAAAGAAAUACCAGUUACAAUAUAGGAUUGUAAAGGUAUGUUACAAAAUGUUAGAGAUUAUGCAUUCAACUCCUUGAAUGCCUUGAAUCUACCACAGACACUGCUUUGCAAUGCCUGAAUAUCUUUGGGAUUCAAGGAGUUAAUAGAAUAUGCUUGUAUUGAGAUAUAUAUUAAAUAUAAUGGUGGAACUAAAAAAUAAUAAAAGGGACACUCAUUGAAGUGGUCUGGGUGCAGUGUUCCUGUCAGUUUAAACCUGUAAUUUUUCUUAUUGCAGUUAUUGAUAAACUACAAUAAUUACCUUACAAGGUUAACUCCACCUCUAGUGGCUGUCUAGCAGAGGCACUUCAAUGUCGUUAGGUGACAUUCUGCACUCUGCAUGAGACAUUCAUUAUAAGCUAAAACCCCAUAGGAAAGAACUGCGCUCAGCGCACAUGCAUGUAAGGUUCCCGACGGCGGCUCACGUUGGGGGAGGAGGAGCGGAAUGACAAUUUUUUUUAACUUUCUGUGCUGCGAAAGGGGGCGUGUGGGCAAGUAGGGCACUAUAGGGUACUCUAAUGCUAUGAAUACAAUUUUGUAUUCCUAACACUAUAGUUUCCCUUUAAAGCCCCAUACUAAAUCUAGCAAUAGUCGGAACACACAAAAUAUUGCAAUACUGCCAUAUAUCAAAAAUAGUUAAAGGACCACUAUAGUGCCAGGAAAACAAACUCGUGUCCCCCUCCCGUCGGGCUGAAGGGGGAGGAAGGGGUUAAAUUCUUACCUUUCUCCAACGCCGGGCUCCCUCGGCGCUGGGGACUCUCCUCCCUCUUCCGUCAUCCGCUGAAUGCGCAUGCGCGGCAAGAGCCGCGCGCGCAUUCAGUCAGUUCAUAGGAAAGCAUUUCUCAAUGCUUUCCUAUAGACGCUGGCUUCUUCUCAAUGUGAAAAUCACAGUGAGAAGCGCGGAAGUGCCUCUAGCGGCUGUCAAUGAGGCAGCCACUAGAAGCUGGAUUAACGCAUAUGUAAACAUAGCAGUUUCUCUGAUAAAUAAAAACUCCUGUAGAUAUCAAACUCAAUCGAACAUAUAAAAAAAAAAAAGAAAAAAAAAAAGAAAGAAUUGAAAGGGGGAUCCUGUCCUGUGGCGCCCGCUCCUCACUGCCUCGGAUGCUGUUGGCUAUAUAAUGACAGCCAGUGCAUAUGGGGGAGACGAGCUGUAAAUUCAAGGACAAGUGCUCGGUGUGUAUUCAGGCACUCUGCGGCCAGGUGCUUCAAGCGCGGAAAAUUGGGGGACAAGGGUGAUAUCGUGGGGGUCUAAGGGCAAAGACGCCGGUGGACAUCGCCGCGAUGGCCCCUUGGCUAAAACAGGGGUAAAACAGCAGGGGCUUGUGGCGGAUGAAGGUCCUUGCCUGUCAGGGUUGGACCAGCGGUCCAGUGGAAAUGGUUGAGGGCUGAUCUUGGGAUUAAGUUAUGAUGAAGGACAUGCCCACUGAGCAAAAGCCAGUGGUUAGCAUGGAUGGUAUUGAAAGGCCAGUUGGAAGGUCAAUUGUGGUGUAUGGACGAGGGGAGAAGCAAGCACCCAGGUUAUGUUAAAUUGGUUGGCAAGGAUCUGGUAAUGGAAGUUGCAGUUAAUGAAUGUCAUGGUAAUGUGUUAUGUUAAUAAUGGUAUUGUUUUAAAUAAAGCUGUGGCCUGUUUGUCACCAUUUACAUCUUGCGUCAAGUUAUUCUGGGUAAGUUGUUAUAAGUAAAAGGGGUUUCUUCCUACACUAUCCCAACUACCUUCACACAUGAAAUUAAAUUUUCCCAGACCUCCUAUUUUUUUUAUUUUAUCAUAACUAUCCAAGCCAAAGUUUAGUGCAGUUAAUUAAUAAAUCUAAAAGCCUCUACAUUGAUCCGAUCCAUAAUAUGUAACUGGAUAGCAUAUUUUUUUACAAAACGUAAUGAAAUGUUUACUUUGUUCAUAAAGAGCAAGACAGUAAAAUGUCAGUUCAAUAUCUGUAAAUCAUCUACAGUAGUACACAAAAUUGAACAAAGUAGGUAGCAUGGGGAAAGGCCGGCUCCCUUAAGCUAAGACAAUUCUGUUGUCAUGAGUUUAAUAAGGUCUUCAUAAAUCUUUACCCGAUUAGCUGUCAUACAGUAGUAAAAGUGAUGUUAACCCCUUAAGGACACAUGAUGGAAAUAUUCCGUCACGAUUCCCUUUUAUUCCAGAACGUAUGUCAUUAAGGGGUUAAUUAAAUCAAAAUGGAUUUUAGCAUUCUUAAAGGUAAAAAUCAAGGUUAAACCGUGACUAAAAUGUAGCUAUAGAACCAAAAUUUCUGAACAUUUUGUAUUUGUUAAAUUACAUUGUAUGUCAGACUGUCGUUCUGCUCCACUACUUACAAGACUAGAGAAUAAUGACCUGUUCCUCCCGAGAAGUGAAGUUCUCUAUAAAUAGAAAUAGUCCUCAAAUGUUAUUCAAAUACCACAUUAUAAGUUGCCAGAAUAAUUAUUUUAAAUGUAUGGGGCCCAGACUGUCUUUGUAUUUCUGCAGGGUUCAACACGGGAGGACAAGAAAUGUUGUCCUCCUAAGGGCCCAACUAAUGUGACUGUCUAUAGAGCACUAUAUAAAUAAUAAUAAUAAUAAUAAAGGUGGAAAUCAGAGUAAAGGUGGAACCCUAAAAUUAUUUUCUAAUGUAGUCUAAAUAGUUAAGUAAAACUAUUAUUAUUAUUUUAUUAUUUAUAAAAUAUUUUACCAGGAAAGAUACAUUGAGAUUUCUCUCGUUUUCAAGUAUGUCCUGGGUAUUUUUAAAGAGUGAAAAUGGUUUUAGAAAAAAAACAGACCAUUAUUAGCAAGGGCAUAGAAAAUCUUUAAACCGUUGAGUAUUUAUUAUUAGUGCCUUCCGGUGGCCAUGAGCUCUACUGAAAUCUAGACAAAAUACCAGCCUAAAUAAUUUUAGUAAUACAAAUCUAAAAUAAUCUAUUUGUACUUCAUUUGCUUUAUCUGUUAAACAUUUUACUCUUCGCUCUUAUAAUAUUCCACAUUUCUCAUCCAAGGCUCUAAAUAAUUUUGUCAUUUGCUUUGUGUAUAUACAAUAUGUUGUAGAUGUUCUUGAUUUUCAACCAAUUCGGGGUUGAUAUUUAUAUGUCCAUAUUAAAAUUUCCAAUGUCAUCAUCUGACUAAUCUAUUAUUUCUGUUUAUUCUUCAGGAACUAGAACACCAACUAUGAUUUUUGUGUAUAUUCUGUGUUGUGUAAUUCCUUUCUACAUUUGGUGGAAAAUAAGGGAUGGAUUCAGAAUCCAUAAUAUUGAUGACAAAUAUAUAUUGAUCACUGGCUGUGACACAGGAUUUGGAAACCAUGCAGCACGGACAUUUGAUCGGAAAGGGUUAAGAGUUCUCGCAACAUGUUAUACGGAAGAGGGAGCAGCUAAACUUAACGCCGAAACUUCAGAUCGACUAAAAACAAUACAGCUGGAUGUCACUGUUCCAGAAAAUGUAAAACGCGUCUCUGAAUGGGUGGAUGAAAUAGUUGGCAGCAGUGGUAAGUCCAUUGUACUGACAGAUAAGUUCUGGUCACCCUAUUUGCAAUGGUAGUUUAUCAAAGUCCAAAUGGAAAAGAAGGGGUAGGAAAUGUUGGCAUAGAUUUAUCAUCUUAUCCGUGUCCUUCAAGUUUCUUCUUCUAAUUCAAAAAUACAUUAUGCUUAGAGAAUCCUUUUGAAAAGUGAAAGUAAAGUAAUACAUCACAGGAGAAAUUAAUUUUAAAGUGUUGAAUGAAUCUUCUUGACACACUGUAGCACGGAAUACGUUAUAAAAACACUUGUGGGACAAAGUUCUAAAGAUUUAGCAAUCACCAUGGAUACAAUUGGUUUCCAUGGUUACUGCACUGUUUGUAUUAUUUCCGCAUGAAGGCACUAUUGUUCUGCAUGCAACAUCCCCCACAUACAAAAGACAUAAAGAACUUAUUGUAUCUGCUAUUUUUUAAAACUCUUUUUCAAAAGUUUCAUUUUUUGUUCCAUUCUCUUUUUUCCAUUAAUACUCUUAACAUUUUAAUACAGAACAGUUUUAGUAACAGGUUUUCUUAUUUUUACAGGAUUAAAUCAGAAUAUAUUCAGCUUUGUUGUGUGGGCUACAUUUUAAGGACUUAUUUAUCUUUAACAAGAUUUUUAAUUACUUCUCAAAGUAUCAACCAAGCAAAAUAGACACAAUACAUGCUACAUUAAUUGUGAGCUUUGCAGUCUAGUUGACAUAGUCAACAAUACACAGGUUACACCUACACACUUUCUUUUUUGAUUGUAUCUUUUUUUUUUAAUAGCAAACAUUUGCACUUAUAAAAGGUUGCCAAAUGUAGGUCCUUCAGAUUUCCCUUUGACAUUUCCCUGGAGUUUUAAUAAAAUAGUCAAGAGCAUUUUGGAGUGAAAACUGUAUGUUUUAAUUGAUCAUUUUUUACAAUAUAAAAGCUUGCAGCCCACUUGGCUUUUGCUUGCUUGAAAUACAUGUUAAUAAAACGUGUCCCUGGCUUUUCCCUGUUUGACCCUUCCAAGCUGUGUCCAUAGGCAAAAAUUCAAAUAUCUCCAUUUAAUAGGAUGACAUUGUAGUUUUAUAAGCACAGAAUUUUUAAAGAAAAUAUCACCACUGGAAACGAUUCUACCAAAAUAGGUUUAGGAUUGGGGUUUAGAUUUAGGAUGUUGGCAUUACACAGUUACACAGUUACAUAGCUGAAAAGAGACUUGCAUCCAUCAAGUUCAGCCUUCCUCACAUUCGUUUUUGCUUUUGAUCCAAAGGAAGGAAAAAACUGUUUGUUGCAAUUUUGCAACAAACUAGGAGAAAAAUUCCUUCUUGACCCCAGAAUGGCAGUCAGAUUAAUCCUUGGAUCAAGCAGCUAUUACCCUACAUUGAAUAAUUAUAUCCUUGAAUAUUCUGUUUCUGCAAUUAUGCAUCUAGUUGCUGUUUGAACAUAUGUAUGGACUCUGAUAAAACUACUUCUUCAGGCAGAAAAUUCCACAUCCUUAUUGUUCUUACAAUAAAAAAACAUUUCCUUUGCCUUAGUCGAAAUCUUCUUUCUUCCAGUCUAAACGCAUGACCUUGUGUCCUAUGUAAAGUCUGGUUUGUGCACAGAUUUCCACACAAUGGUUUGUAUUGGCCCCGAAUAUAUUUGUAUAAUGUUAUCAUAUCCCUCUCAGGCGACGUUUUUCUAAACUAAAGAGAUUUCAAUUUGACAUGUGAAUUGGGGUAGUGUUUGGAGGAUGCAUGGUUUCAUCAACAUAAUUCAUUUUUCCCCUAAAACUGGCAAUGGUUAUGGGUAUGCUUAGAGGAUGAGUAAGGUUAGGAGGUACUUAGCAUUAGGAUAAGAUGGCUUAGAAUUUAGGCUUAAGGGGGACUUUCUUUCUCGAUGCAAAGGCCAUGAAUAUCAAUCUCCAUCAAAUCCUAACCCCAAGACCCCGUAAGCCUACAGCUUGGGUCUCAUUGCUGUACUCCUCAUCAUUGCUAAACUGGAUACAGCAGUGUACUCAUAAUUAUAUUCAGUAUAAUAACCCCUUCCCGACCGAGGACGGUUCAGGACCGUCAUCGGCAUUUUUGGCUUGCCGACCGAUGAUGGUCCUGAACCGUCCUAACGGUCUGAGCUACUUACCUGAUCGCCGUCGUUCCCCGGCGGCGAUCAGCGUGGCUCUGGUUGUGGGGAGACUGCCUGCAGCCCAGACAGUCUCCCCACACUGAUUUAGGACCCCUGUGGCCAUGUGAUCGCUUAACACAGCGAUCACAUGGUCACAAUAGGUGUCCAUGUGUCUGCCUGCAGGGGGACUGCCUGUACUGACAGGCAGUCUCCCUGCUAGUGAUAUAUCAAAAAAUUAAAUAAAGUUAAUGUUAAUAAAAAAAAAAUAAUAAUUAUAUAGGUGUAUAUAUGAUAUAUAGACAUAUAUUAUAUAUAUAUAAUAUAUGUCUAUAUAUCAUAUAUAUAAUGUCAUACUAAGUGUAUUUUUAUAUUAAUAUGUACUUAUAUUAAUAUAAAAAUACACUUAUAAUUAAAUUACACACGUAUAUAUAUAAUAUAUAUAAUAACUAUAUAUAUUGUAUAUAUAUAUUAUUAUAAAAUAUAAAUAAUAAGUAAUUUAAAUUAAAUAAUUUUUUUAAAAAUAAUAAUAAAAAUUAAAAAAAAAUUAUAUAUCUAUAUGAAAUUUUAUUCUAACUGUAUUUUAAAAUUAAUAUAUAUAUAUUUAUAUCAAAAUACACUUAGAAUGAAUUUGUAUAUAUAUCUAUGUAUAUAUAAAUAAAUAAAAAUAAUACGAAAUAUACAUAUGUCCAUAUACAAAAUUACAUAAAUAAUUAUAUAAAUAUACACGUAGACUUAAACUAUAUAAAUAUGCAUAUAUAUUUAAAUUCUACGUGCAUAUUUAUGUAAUAUUUUUACAUAAUUCAGUAAUUUUAUUGAUUGCAAUUUAAGGGACCUGCCUGCCAACCCAGGCCGAAAUUCCAGAGAAUUUAGUUUGCUAGCACUGUAUUUUACCCUGUAACGUUCUACGACACCCUAAAACCUGUACAUGGGGGGUACUGUUUUACUCGGGAGACUUCGCUGAACACAAAUAUUAGUGAUUCAAAACAGUAAAACAUAUCACAGCGAUGAUAUUGUCAGUGAAAGUUACUUUUUUUGCAUUUUUCACACACAAACAGCACUUUUACUGAUGAUAUAAUUGUUGUGAUACGUUUUCCAGUUUUUAAACACUAAUAUUUGUGUUCAGCGAUGUCUCCCGAGUAAAACAGUACCCCCCAUGUACAGGUUUUAUAGCAUUUUUGAAAGUUACAAGGUCAAAUAUAUGGGUCAAAUAUUUUUACAUUGAAAAUGGCCAGGUUGGUUACGUUGCCUUUGAGAGCGUAUGGUAGCCCAGGAAUGAGAAUUACCCCCAUGAUGGCAUACCAUUUGCAAAAGAAGACAACCCAAGGUAUUGCAAAUGGGGUAUGUCCAGUCUUUUUUAGUAACCACUUGGUCACAAACACUGGCCAAAAUUAGCGUUCAAUUUAGUUUUUUUACUUUUUUCACACACAAACAAAUAUGAAUGCUUACUUUGGCCAGUGUUUUCGACUAAGUGGCUACUAAAAAAGACUGGACAUACCCCAUAUUGAAUACCCUGGGUUGUCUACUUUAAAAAAAAUAUGUACAUGUGGGGUGUUAUUCAGAGAUUUAUGACAGAUAAUAGUGUUACAAUGUCACUAUUGAUAAAUUUUAAAAAUGUAUGUUUUGAAACCGCAAUAUCCUACUUGUACCUAUAGCCCUAUAACAUGCAAAAAAAAGCAAAAAAGCACGUAAACACUAGGUAUUUUUAAACUCAGGACAAAAUUUUGAAUCUAUUUAGCAGUUUUUUUCAUUCGCUUUUGUAGAUGAGUAAAAGAUUUUUCAAGUAAAAGUCAAAAAACAUGUAUUUUUUUCAAUUUUUCAUCAUAUUUUUUUAUUUUUUUUAAAUUAAAAUACAUGAGAUUAUAUAAAUAAUGGUAUGUAAAGAAAGCCCCUUUUGUCCUGAAAAAAACAAUAUAUAAUUUGUAUGGGAACAGUAAAUGAGAAAGCGGAAAAUUACAGCCAAACACAAACACCACAAAAGUGUAAAAAUAUGCCUGGUCGCAAAUGUACAACAUCGCAAAAACAGUCCAGUCCUUAAGGGGUUAAACAAUGCUAUAGUGCCACCUUGUUUUUCUAUGUAUUGACACUGUAAUAUUUUGUAACAGUAUGUUUUUAAGUAUAGAUUUUUUUGGAAUACUAUGAACACCAUUUCAUUAACACAUGUGCAAGUCCAAAAGCUAAAUGAUCAGCUUCUUCUGUGUUUCCUAAUAAACUAACCACAGGAAAAUGUAUGGAAAUAAUCUGUGUAAAAACACGUAACCACUAAAUUCUAUGUUACAAUUUGUUUUCAUUUCUUUCCUGUUGCAACGUAAAAAUUGUGUACAAAGAGGAAGUUGAUUCUUUGUACGGUACUAAAACCAAAUGAGAGAAAAGCUGAACUUGAUGGACGAAUGUCUUUUUUUGAGCUUCUGCAACUAUGCAAUUCAGCUUGCCACAUAUAGUUGCUUUGUCCUGUAACACAUCAGCAAGAAACUGAAGAAUACUAUGAAUACAGGAAAUAUUUUUUCAUGGUUUUACAAAAGAAAUCAGUAUGUAUUAGAAUUAGAACAUUUUUCAAAUUGGAUUUAUUUUACCUUCUUCUGGAUUAUCAGUAGAAACAGAUGUGUAAAAGGGUAAAGCUGAUGGAGUUUUUUUAAUAACCUAGAAUACUAUGUAACUAAAAAUGAUAACAACUGUAAUCCAAGUGUAAGCUAAAAAUAUGAAAGACAUUAUUUUAAAUGACAAACCUUUUAGCCAGUACAAUAUGAAGCCUCUGUUUAGCUUACCAUCCAUAGAGUGCACUAUAUUUCACUUGCCAAUACAAGCAUGCAAGUACAAAUGUCAGACACACAGGGCCGCCAUCAGGGCAUGACAUCCAUGAUGGUUGUCACCCAGCGGCCCUGGGGGGCCUGGACUGGACAGGGAGUUGGCAAACAACAUAGAGAAAGCAUACAGAGAAUAAGACAAAUUAAACAUUGUUUCCUUGUCAUUUGCAAUGUUAGCCAUGGCUGUGCCUUGUCUGAAAUGGAUUAUUAAUUUGUGAAAUAUUUCAUAAAAAUGUAAAGAAACCAGAACAUCUCAUGAAAAAAGGUUAACACAAGUUAGAGGUAGGUUGUAGUGUUUUAUUAUGUGGUUUAACAGAUAAAAGGGUUGGCUUGCUGGUUCCUGCUUAUGAAACAUACUUGGGCAAUGCAUGUACACACACUUGGUGGUGGAGGAACAAAUCAAAUCUCUAUUCUACAUGAACAGAGUUAUUCGCUAAAGUAAGAAAGCAAAGGGAUUUCCAAGUGGAUUUAAAAUGUAAGGCCAAAGUAGCUGGAAUGGAAGCUUAUUUGAAUUGGAGACUUAUUCCAGAUCAGCUAUUUUGACCUAAUAUCAGAGGCUAGAGUGAACACGUAACCAGAACACAAUCACUAUUCACUAACGUGAGAAUUUCUGGAAAUCCAAAGUAAUCAAGUGUAAGACCAAAAUACCCACAUUGAAAACAAAACUGACUGAAGAUGUUUUUUCUAACUACCAUGUAGGCACCUUAACAUGUUCCGUGAUCCUCUGCCAGUCCAUGUAGUAUCACCCUCCUACCUCACCAAUUUAAGAAUUGUUAACUAAACUAGACAAAGUGAAAACCAAGCUGAAUGUGAGAUGUCAUUCAAUUCGGCUACAAAGCCUAAAAGUCGAAAUUAAUUUUGAAUUCCAAACAAUUCACACUUAAAGGAAAAACCUUGACAAUCCUUAACCAUCUCCUAAACAUUAUCAGUAUCCUCAACAGUAUAAUUUACUAACCAGGCCUUGUGAUACAUUCGACAUUAUAACUAUUAUAAUUUGUUUUGAUUAACACUGAAACUAGUUAUUCUGAAACAAAGUUAUAUAUAGCUUCCUACUAAAGAGAUGUGAUCGCUACAUGUGGGUUGCACAACAUUGUCAACAGCAGAUGACAGGAGAAUAAUAUAAACUGACUUACAGGAGUUAAGGGAGCAAUAAAAAGUAACUCGCUCUACAAAGGGAAUUGGUUAAACCAAUUAUGUAAAGUUACUAUUAAUAUUAGAAAAAUAAAAAAUGUAAUAAUUGGAAUAAUGUUGCAGUUUAAAGAAGGCCUAGUUUUCUUCAUUUUGAGUACCUGCUGAAUAUUUUGUUCAAAUUCAGUUUUUCUCCUAAAUUAUAUUGGGGGGUUUUCUGUGCAAAGGAAGUGUACUCAUCAAUAUAGCACUCCAAAAAUGUAACUUGACCCUUAGUUAAAUUUUAAUAUCUGACAUUUAUAUAUUGUUUGCAUUUCACUUAUUGGCUUGAAUUAUUAAUGUUUUCUUUUAUUAUCAUUUAGGACUCUGGGGAUUAGUAAACAAUGCUGGAAUUAUGGGUACUCUUGCUCCAAUGGACUGGCUGACCUUAGAAGACAUUAGACAACCAAUUGAAGUUAAUUUAAUAGGAUUGAUACAUGUAACACUGGCUUUGCUUCCACUGAUUAAGAAAGCUAAAGGUCGUAUAGUUAACAUAUCCAGUGUUGGUGGCAGAGUGGCAGCAAGCGGUGGUGGCUAUUUUUCAUCUAAAUAUGGUGUUGAGGGAUUUAAUGAUAGCCUAAGGUAAGUAAAAUGCAAGUGAUUUUGAAUACUGUCUUUGUUUCGUUUCAACAUAAUUCAUUUUUUUUCUGAAACUGGUAUAGGAGUGAAACAGCAACCCUGCUCCAGUAUGGUGUCUUCAUCACAUUCAGCUGAUGAUGAAAGUAGUAAGGACUAUUGUAAUUUCCAUUGUGAUUGCCCUCAUACUAGAAUUUUUAAGAAGGAAGCACAUUGAUAAAUCUUCCUCGAUUACUCAAACCCUAACUUACUUUAUUAAUUCUGAGUCCAAAAAGUUAUCUUUACAUCAUCAUAACAGAGGAACAGGCCCAUACUAAUAGAACAUCAGGAAACUGGAAAGACCUAUUCGUGGUUGUCUCAUCAAAGUCUGAGAGAAAUAUGAAUCAGCAUUCCCAUUUCCUGAGAUUCUGUUAACAGGUACCUGUUUCUGUGUUUUUCAUUUACAAGCCACAUUUGUUAGCUGAGGUGUGGAUCAAAAUGGUAAAAAAUAUUAUUAUUUUUUUUCCCAUUAUUAAGAGACUUAAUGUGGUCUGUUUUAAUGGCUUUGUCGUGUAUACUUUUAAUGACUCUGUCAUGCGCCAUUUUUGGGAUUGUGAUCUUUAUAUCCUUACAGAUUUAUAGCAAAACUGGACAAAAGUUUCCAUGAAGUUACAUGAGAAUUUUUUACAUAAUUUUAAUACUAGAACUAUGUACAUAUUUAUUGUGCUUUUCAAUUUUUUGUACAACUUCAGAAGCACAAAAAUAAUAAAAAUGAAAAAUAUAAAAUUUCAAUAAUAGACAUCUUAUAUUUUAAUUUUCACAAAGAAAUUUUAUUUGAGAUCUCAAUUAUUUUAUCACAAUGUUGGGAAAAAUAUGUAAGUUAGAAAGUGUAUCAAAAGUACAUAUGUAUUAAGCACUGAAUUUUCAUUACAAUAAAGCCAGCCUUCACAUUGGCAAAUGGUCAUUUUUUAGGUUUCAUUUAAAACCUAAUACAUUUUACAUUACAGAUAAAAACUAAUAAGGUAAUAUUAAAUUAUUUAUGGAAGCCCAAAGAUCCAUGUAUUUUUUUAAAAAAUUCGGACUUGUUAUCUUAAGAAAACAACUUGUCUUCUACAGAUACCAAGUCAGAAAAAAAAAAAAUAGGCCCUUUUGGGUGUCCAUUGAUUAAUCAUAGCACUUUUUCUUUUUUUCCAUAGGAGAGACAUGAAAGCCUUUGGUGUAAAGGUCUCAUGUAUUGCACCUGGAUUAUUUAGAACGCCUUUGUCAGAUCCACAAACCGUUAUAAAUCAGCGUAUUCAAAUUUGGCACAAGCUUCAACAGGAUAUUAAGGAUCAGUAUGGAGAAAAUUAUAUUGCAGUAGGUAAGUACUUUAAAUAGUGAACCUACAGACACAUUUAGCAUUAGACAUGGGCAAUUUGUUUUGGGCCGAAUAUCAAUUUGGACGAAUUUCGGGCAAUUUGGACAUUCGGGUACUUCCAAAUAUCCGAAUAGCCGAAGUGCAUAAUUGCCGAAUUACCGAGGUCCCAAAGUUCCGAAAUUAACGAAUUUCCAAAGUGUCGAAGUUCCGUAGUGCUGAAGUGCCGAAGUUCCAAAGUUGCUGAAGUGUCGAAGUGCCGAAGUUGCCGAAGUUCCGAAGUGCCGAAUUGCCGAAGUUCUGAAGCACAGUAUAAGUACUAAUAUACUUACCCAGUGAAAGAAGAAGAAUGUUACACUGUAUACAAUUUUAAAUAAAAAGUAUACAAACAUAGCCAGGAUUAAGCUGUAAGCAUUUGCAACACUUACAAUAAUCAAGUAACACACAUUCAUAUAAAAUGUAAGUUACUUAGCCAGUCAUGUAAUGACAGGAAUGAAUAAGUAGAUAACUCCCUAAUCCCCACGGUAUUAGGGAGCUAUCUACUAAAAGGCUGAAAGACCUAAAUUGGUCUUUCAGCCAAAUUUACUAAUACUAAGUAAAGAUUACUUAGUAUUAGUAAAUUAUGCCACUCAUCACUAUACCGCGAGUAGGGGCAUGUCUAUUAAACAGUGAGCAGUCUAUGGCUGCUCAAUGUAAAAAAAAAAGUCCCCCCUCCCCCUCCUAACCUGAAGGGAGGAACUAUUGCCACCCCAGCCCCCACCCCUGAACGGCGGGUGGGGGCCCUAAAGUAAAGUAAUGGGGGGACCUAAUGUCCUCCCACCUGGCCCCCACCCCUGAGCGGGUGGUGGGGGCCCAAAAAUACUUAUUGGGGGGGACCUAAUGUCCUCCCCCUUGGCCCCCACCCCUGAGCGGUGGGUGGGGGCCCUAAAAUACUAAUUAGGGGGGGACCUAAUGUCCUCCCCCUUGGCCCCCACCCCUGAAAAAAAUAAAUAAAACUUACCAUUUGAUGUUUUCUUUCUUCUAAAAUCUUAUUUUUUCAGCCCCAAAAAAGGCCGAAUAAAAAGCCAUAAUAACCAACGCACUUUAAAAAAAAAAAAAAAAAAAUCCAUCUUCACGCGGCGAGGGCUCCGUGCAGACUGAGCUCUGCAGGGCGGAGGAAGGCUUAUAAAGCCUUGCUCCGCCCUGCAAUUAGGCUCAGAGCACUCUGAUUGGUGGGUUUAAGUCAUCCAAUCAGAGUGCUCUGACAGGUAAAUGAAGAGACUGACAGGUAAGUCUCUACAUUUACCUGUCACAGCACUCUGAUUGGUUGGUUUGAAAUCCACCAAUCAGAGUGCUCUGUGUCAUUUUACACAGCGUGGGAAAGUUCUUUGGAAUUUUCCCACGCUGUGUAGUUGGACUCAUAACACUCUGAUUGGUGGAUUAAGUAACCAAUCAGAGUGUUAUGAGUCAAAUUACACAGCGUGGGAAACCCACCAAUCAGAGUGCUCUGAGCCUAAUUGCAGGGCGGGGCAAGGCUUUAUAAGGUCCCCCUUAUAACAUUAGGUCCCCCCUAAUUAGUAUUUAGGGCCCCCACCCACCGCUCAGGGGUGGGGACCGGGGGGGAGGACGUUAGGUCCUUCCCCCUCAUUCUAAUUUAGGGCCCCCACCGCUCAGGGGUGGUGGCCAGGGGGGAGGACAUUAGGUCCCCCCUAAUUAGUAUUUAGGGCCUCCACCCACUGCUCAGGGGUGGGGGCCAGGGGAAGGACAAUAGUUCCCUCCCAUUAUUUUACUUUAGGGCCCCCACCCGCCGCUCAGGGGUGGGGGCCGGGGGCCACUGGCUGCUCACUGUUUAAUAGACAUGCCCCUACUUGCCAUAUAGCUCAGGGGUGGGGGUCGGGGGGGAGGACAUUAGGUCCCUCCCUCUCAUUCUAAUUUAGGGCCCCCACCUACUGCUCAAGGGUGAGGGCCAGGGGGUAGGACAUUAGGUCCCCCCUCAUUCUAAUUUAGGACCUCCACCCGCUGCUCAGGGGUGGGGGCCGGGGGAAGGACAAUAGUUCCCCCCAUUAUUUUACUUUAGGGCUCCCACCCACCGCUCAGGGGUGGGGACCGCGGGAGGACAAUAGGUCCCCCCCAUUAUUUUACUUUAGGGCCCCCACCCGCCACUCAGUGGUGGGGGCCGGGGGGUCAAUAGGUCCCCCCCAUUAUUUUACUUUAGGGCCCCCACCUGCCGCUCAGGGGUGGGGCCUUGGGGCCACUGGAUGCUCACUGUUUAAUAGACAUGCCCCUACUCGCCAUAUAGCGAGUAGGGGCACAAUUUACUAAUACUCAGUAAUUUUUACUUAGUAUUAGUAAAUUUCACUGAAAAACCAAUUUAGGUCUUUCAGCCUUUUGGUAGAUAGGUCCCUAAUACCGUGGGAAUUAGGGAGUUAUCUACCAAGCGGCUGCAAGAGACGUUCCGAAAUUCCCGAAGUGCCAAAGUGUCGAAGUGCCGAAGUGCCGAAGUGCCGAAGUUGCCAAAGUUCCGAAGUGGUGAAGUGUUGAAGUGGCGAAUUGCCAAAGUGACGAUUUGCCAAGGUCCUGAAGUUCUGAAAUUAGCGAAUUUCCGAAGUGUCGAAGUGCCAACGUUCCGAAGUGUCGAGGUACUGAAGUGCCGAAGUUGCCAAAGUUCCGAAGCGUCGAAGUGCCGAAUAGGCGAAGUGCCGAAUUGACGAAGUGACGAAUUGCCAAAGUCCCGAAUUUUGGAAUGCCUAACCAAAACGAAAAUUUUUCCCGUGCACAUGCCUAUUUAGCAUACGUUUUCUUGUUACUGAGGUUUACGUUCUGCUGUUCCCAGGUUUAGUUAGAGUAUAAACACGGCCUUGCUACAGUGCAAAAGAUGACUAAUGUUGGCACUGCUAAAAUUGGGAAAACUACACUUUCCAUAAUGCUCAAUCAAGUAAAAAUGAAAACAUACACAGGGGUUGUCACUUAAGUGUGAACUGCCAUUAUUGAGGAAUCCAAAGUACAUUCAAACUUAAUUUCACAUUUUGGACAAAAGAAUGGAUUUACAGUUAGACAUUUCAGCUUUGUUUUCAAAUAAGCUUUUUUUUGGCCAAAAACUUUGAACUCAUUUUGAAUUUACUUCAGAUUCCAGACAGGUGUGCUUUAGUGAAUAAUUCUUCCAACAAACACAAUUGUGGUAACAUCACAGCUUCAACUACGAAACUCAAGUUUGGAUCCCAGUCAGGCCACCUCACCAAAAAGUCUCCUUGAGCAAGACACCUAUCUGCCUUCCUCAAGUCUUCAUAGCUUGUAAGCUUGUUUCAUUAGGGCCUUGUUAUAAUUUUAAAUUGCUGCAGAAUAUGCUGGAGCUAUUUAAAUGCUAUUAAUAAUAAUUCAAAAGUAUAUAUUUUUGAUUUAUACUGAAUUUAUUACUUAACUACACAAAACAAAUGUGUGCAUAAAUGUCAUAAGUACUUGAAAAUGGCCAGCUAAAUUAAAUACAUUCUUAAGUACCUCUACAGAGACAUUUGAAAUGAGAGAGUGUUUGUCAUCUGAUUAAAUUGUUGUAAAUUUUAGAAUACUUAGAUAUUUGUGGUAUAUAAGUCUUCAAAAAAAUUAUGAAUUUUAUGUAAAAGUAGAUAAAUAUGUAAUUUUUAGCAUAAGAGAAUGUAUCUCUCUUUGAGGAGAUCUUAUCAUGCUAUCUUAUAUUUAUACCAAUGUACACUAACUGCAUGUUACAUGAAGCGUUUCUGUUGAUACCUACUUAGUCCUCAAUUUAAUAUUGUUGGAUAAGAUUUGCAAAUUAUUUAAUAUUUCUAGAUACACUUUAAAAACUGGUUUUUUUUCAAAAUAUUAAAUUGUCAAAAAAUAUAUCAUACAUAAAAAAUAUAUUAUCAAAAUAUUCCAAAAUUUUAAUAUUUUUCAUAAUAUUAAAUCAUUUUAAAGUUUUAUUCAAAAAUAUUAAAUCAUUUGAAAAGUGUAUCCUGCAAUAUUAAAUCAAAGCUUUAGUUUGUGCUACCUUAAAUAAUUGCAUUCAAUAUCUCCAUGUGAUUUUGAUUAAUAGAUGCAAAGAAGAAGGAAGUACUUAACAAGCGCAUAAAAAACAGUGAUCUUUCCCUGGUUGUAUGGUGUAUGGAACAUGCCCUGACAAGCCUACAUCCAAGGACUCGAUACACUAUAGGCACAGAUGCUACAUUCCUCUGGAUACCAUUGUCUUAUAUGCCAACUUUCAUUCAAGACUAUGUUAUUUUGAAAAACAAAGUUACAAUACCAGUUACUAAUUAUAAGACUUAAAUUGUUUUUUUUUUCUGCCUCUCAAAUAUAAAUGGAUCUAAAUUUUUGAAAUAAAAUAAAAAGUGCACCAAAUAUUCAUACCAUCAACAGAGUUUAAAUUGACAAGGUCUGCAUUUCUAACCAUUACAUUACUAAACAGGGUUUAAAAGUUACUAGCCUCUGCAAGUCUGGAGGGACCAAAACACAUAUGUUAGAGUUGAAUUUCUACCAGAGCAGAAUUUUAACUUGCCAAUGGCUAGUGGUGAUUGUAUAUUUUAAGCCCUGCUAUUACCACUCAUCUAUUGACGGUGUAUUAUCACAUUUUUUAAUCUGUUUGACAGGAAAUCCUCUCUUGGUGAAAUUGAUGUUUAAUUAUUAAGUUAUUUAUUUCUGUUGAAAUUUACCAUUUUGGUGCUCCUCUUUUGAUCAGAAGAUUCCCUUUCUCUUUAAACUUCAACUUUAUAAAGUGCAUUUCUUAAGAGUGAUUGAAUUAAGAGAUCACUCCAGCAUUAUUGCAUCAUUUGGGCUGACAGAUUUUUAUUACAAUACAAGGUACAUUUCUGUUGCAUAAUACCACACUGUUCAUUAUUACUGCAUACAUUAAAAAAUUUAGCAUUUAAAUGAUCUUACAGAGUGCUGGGUAAUGAGAAAUGUGCACAUUUAUGUGGAUGAAAGUUUUUAGGUUCUCACAAUUUAAGGGACACCGUAG